AGUGGGGCGCUGUAUCCAUUUUAAGUCACCUGAAGAAGAAAAAGGCGGAAGUGAAUGUUCUUCUCUUCAUCAUGGCUCCCCCUGUAGCUGUCUCUCCGCUCAUUAAGACGGCCCGGUGGUCUGCCCUGUUGUUUGGCGUCUUGUAUGGCAAACAGAGGUUUGAGUACCUGAAGCCCAUCGCAGAGGAGGAGCGCAAGGUGGAGGAGGCUGAAAAGAAGGCCCGAGAGGAACAGGAGCGCAUUGCCAAACAACUGGCCGAAGCUAAUUCAGACACCAUCCUCAAGUGAGCCAUCACUUCCUGUCUGCUGUGCUCCAAAAUGAAUAAAAGCUGAUUAUUUUUCA